CUGAUUUCAGCUCGCGAUGGGUUCUUACAUCAGCUGUGAGACGCUUUGACAGAGGGGACUUGGCUGGUUUGGACCAUUUGGACCCAGAGUCCAGUUGGCAGAUAUGGUGAGGCACGGCAUGAUGACAGAGUUGCAAACCUUCCAGCAGUCUCUCCAGGGUAACUCCUUGGCUUUGGGCCAAGCGGGGCAGACCUGUGGGGUAACUCAGGAGAACGAUGUCGCUUCAGAGGAGAGACGGCAACUGACCCAGCCAGGCCCAGCAGAAAUCGAGAAAAGCGAGUCAGUGAAUGUCCCAGAUGCCGCAAAAAGAAAAAAGAAGAAAAGAACUAGAGCGACGGACCGCUCCACGGGCACUUUUGAUGAUCUCUACAAACUGACAGAUGAGGUGCUCGGUCAUGGGGCUUAUGCUAAAGUUCAAGGAUGCAUAAGUCUGCAGAACGGACAGGAGUAUGCUGUGAAGAUCGUAGAAAAGAGUGCAGGGCACAGCCGCAGCAGAGUCUUUCGAGAAGUGGAAACUCUCUACCAGUGUCAAGGAAACAAAAACAUUUUGGAAUUGAUCCAGUUCUUUGAGGACGACUCCUGCUUUUAUUUGGUAUUUGAAAAGCUUCGUGGUGGCUCCAUUCUGACACACAUCCAGAACCGGAAGUACUUUGACGAGCUGGAGGCCAGCAAGGUGGUCAGGGACAUUGCCCAAGCUCUUGACUACCUCCACACUAAAGGCAUUGCCCACAGAGACCUUAAGCUGGAGAACAUCCUUUGUGAAUACACUGAUCGGGUGUCCCCGGUAAAGAUCUGUGAUUUUGACUUGGGAAGUGGAGUGAAGCUCAGCAGUGCCUGUACGCCCAUAACGACGCCAGAGCUCACUACACCGUGCGGCUCAGCGGAGUACAUGGCUCCAGAGGUCGUGGAGGUGUUCACGGACGAGGCCUCUUUCUACGACAAGCGCUGUGACCUCUGGAGUCUCGGGGUCAUCCUCUACAUCCUGUUGAGCGGCAGCCCCCCCUUCACGGGCCACUGUGGCACCGACUGUGGCUGGGACCGCGGAGAAACCUGCAGAACCUGCCAGAGCCACCUGUUUGAGAGCAUCCAGCAGGGCAAGUAUGAAUUUCCAGCCAAGGACUGGGAUCGCAUCACGGAGGGGGCCAAGGAUCUCAUCUCCAAGCUGUUGGUUCGGGACGCAACCCUGCGCCUCAGUGCCGCUCGGGUCCUCAAGCACCCUUGGGUGCAAGGGAACGCCCCAGAGAGAAGUCUUCCAACUCCUCAUGUUCUACAGAGGAACAGCAGCACCAAAGACCUGAGCCAGUUCGCAGCAGAAGCCAUCGCCUUCAACCGGCAGCUGUCUCAGCACGACGAGCAGCAGGAGGACGUCGGCGCCACCGUUUGCUCCAUGAGGCUUUCUCCUCCUUCCAACUCCAGACUGGCGCGCCGGCGGGCCGAGACCAACGCCGUGCGCACCGCGGAUUUUGCACCCGCAACGGACGACCUCACCGCCUGAAGGACCAGCACGAGUCGACUCGCUGGGCUUUCCGAUGGAUAUUUAAGCCUCCGCCUCGCCUGCUCCUUGCGUGUGUGAUUAGUAUUUUUAAAAACAUUUUUAUUUGUUUAUUUUUUCACCCGGAGCCUUUUUAGGAUCGGCCGCGCAGUAGCCGUCGUCGGUGCUGAAGCUCUUUCCCACGGCCAGUAAUCUCAUCACCUGGACAGAGUUUGAGCACCAAGGGGACGGCCGAUCGCCGGCUCCCACUUCCUCCUGGUAAACGGAGCUGAACGAGUUUUAAACGAGCGCUGUGUAAUUUGACAGCUUUGGGUUUACUGUUACAAUUUGUCUUAACGGAGAUAUUUAUUUUCUAUUCAAAGAUGAGUCGAUGGUGCAGCGGAAGCCGCUCCUCUUCAUGCCUGCACCGCCUCAUAUCAUCAUCAACAGCAUUACAUGGGUUCAGCACAGUUUUGCAGCUAAUGCAAAAUACUUUAAUAUUUAUAGAUUUUAUUUUUCUCGUUGUCCAACUGUGAAUUUUUUCCCGAUCUAAAAAAUAUAUAUAUUUAAAUGCCGCUUAUUGCUUCUCAGUCACGGGCGGAGGGUGAUGAGUUAUCUUUUUAUAUUUUGCUUUUUAAGCAUCUCAGUGUAUGUGGUUGAAAUGUUUGAAUCUACACUUAAAAGAGAAUAUGGGCUUUUCUCCAUUUUACCCUUUUUAUUUAAUUAGUUUUUAAGUCAUUCCUGUCGAGGCUACGUAGAACUUACUGAACGUGUAGGAAUGUGAAUGGAUGUUGAAAGUUUGAGGAGGCUUUUCGAUCAAAUAGUUUUUUAUUUAUAUUUUCUAGCUUUCACGUCAACACAAACUACCUGUAGCACUGAUGUACUUUAAGAUAAGUUCCUGAUUUAAAUUCAUCAGAAAGGAAGAUAGAAUAGAAUAGAAUAUACACUUUUAUUAAUCCCCAAGGGGAAAUUAGUUCUCUGCAUUUAACCCAUCCUUAGUUAUUAAGGAGCAGUGGGCUGCGGUGAAGCGCCCGGGAAGCAACUGGGGGUUCAGUGCCUUGCUCAAGGACACUUCGACUUGCAACUAAUGGGGAUAGCGGGGAUCGAACCCACAACCCUGCGGUUGCGGGACGGCCCUCUUACCCCACUGAGCUAUUGUAAUGUAAAUACUCAGCUCGGUCUUGCCACGUGAAAUCCAGACUUUCAUUGAAGUUCAUCUUUUAAUGGGUUUUAACAAUCGUUUCAUCCUCACUGGAAUCCAACAUACCCCUGGAUCUUUUUGUAUUUUUUUGCACUGCAUUUUUGCACCAUUUGUAUUUUAAAAAUCCCCAAAAAGACCCGGAGUUACUUAUCGGUUUGAUAUGUGUGUGUUCCGAGUCCGGUUGAAUUGAAAUGUGAAAAUUGCAUUUGUUUUAGUUUGUAGCUAUUGAGACUUAAGGAGUGAUUAUGAAUCGUUGAUGUUACACUUUCUCGUAAGGUAGAGGAUUCCAUACUGGUGUUGAAGGGAUUUAUUUUUAUACAUAUAUUUAUUUUUGGUUCUAUGGCCUGUGUAUUUUAUACUUUGUUUGAGCAGUGACAGCGAUGGCAGUCCAUCACCUUUUUAAUUUCCUUAAUCAGCCCAUUAACUAUGUGUUGCGUCCCCCUGAUUUCACAGUUGCCAUGGAUUUUUUCGGAGCAAAAACACACAUUAGAAAACAACAACUUGCUAUCUUUAGGCCCUCUCACCCACACCAUUAUGAAUCAUAAAUGGACUAAUGUAAAAUCAAAUGAGUUGCAGUUAUGGAGUGCCAUUUACAUUCUUCCAUGUUCUUCAGGGGUCCUAUGCAUAAAGCUCUGUGUGGAGCACAAUAAAAGAAUAUCCUCAACAUA